AUGCUUCACCAAGGGCACUUGAAAGAAUUGCUAAUCGACCGAGGCAGGACUAACUUCGCUCGAGGAAGUAAACAACACCAGGUACCGCCUAAAUCGCCUUCACCAACUCACACCAUUCAAAUGAUCAGCGGAGGCGGCGACGACAUAUCGAUCGACAACGUAAAAUUCACCACAACCCACAAACUCAAGCGGUUGAUCACUCAUGAACGGUAUGACAAACUCGAAGAAAGUAUCAACUUCAAUAAGUCGGAUACUCACAGUUUGGUUUUCCCUCACUAUGGCGCCCUCGUUAUCACUUUACGAUUAUUAGAUACAGAUAUAAGACGUAUUAUGGUGGACGAUAGGAGUGGUGCGUGCAUUAUCCACCCUCGAGUACUUGCACAGAUGAAACUUGAGGAUAACAUAAUGCCACGUUGCAUCACGCUAACAGGUUUUAACAAUGCAGUUGAACGAAUAUUUGGAUAA